AACCACCAUCCACAGCAAUAUGGCCGGCCGACUGUCAUUCGGGUGACAUUUCACUCUAUUUUCGAUCUCGGAAGGAUGUUUUCGAACGACUGAUUUUUACAAGCGCAGCAUGUUCUGCGACUGCACUCGCGCGAGAAUAGAAACCGCGACACUGGUUAACCCGUUGCGACGAUUCGCUUCAUAAGUAUCGCCGUGUGAAAAUUAAUCGGAGGAGUGGCGGCGCAACGACUGACUCUGCUACGUUGGUACAGUGGCUCGCAAAAAUCAUCGUCCACCGCACCGACCACCGAUGUGAUCGAAUACAGUCUGUAGCAAAAUAUAUUUCAAUGGCUUCACGGUUUAACCGUGAUGAGGAGUGAGUACCGAGCAACCAACGAGAAUGUAUAACGAGACAUUGCGUGCAUUUCCGAUAACUUGAUCGAUCAUUUGUUAAGAAAAUAAAGCGAGUUAGGCGAAAACCAUAUUUCCUGUUUAUGCCUCUCGAAGAUUGGUAGAAAGUUAUUAUUCGCAUAAACCCGUGUAAAACCUCUGAUGUCAACAAAUUGGGAACAAGUAUACGGGUUUAUUUUUGCCGAUGUUAAAGUAAAAUGGGGAACUCUGGCUUGAAGCAGCAUUACGAAACUGCAAAGAAAACCGGAACGUUAAAAUUGUCAGAGAGGAAACUCGACGAAUUUCCACAAAAUCUAUUAGCUUUGUCGCCACUGUUACGAACAUUGGAUCUAUCGGAGAACAAAUUUGGUCAUAUUCCCGAUGAAAUUGGGAAUUUCACAUUAUUAAAGCAGUUGAAUCUUAAUCAUAACAAAUUGACCACUUUGCCCGAAGCACUUGGAGCAUUGACCAAGUUAGAAUGUUUAAACGCAAGUUCGAACCAAAUAAAAAGUAUCCCUUGGUCUUUAUCUAAACUAGUACGUUUGAAACAGGUCAAUUUAUCUGACAAUCGUAUAACCGAAUUUCCCCCCAUGUUUUGCGAGUUGAAAUUUCUGGACGUAUUGGAUUUAUCGAAGAAUCGAAUUACCGUAAUUCCCGACGCGGCUGCGGCAUUACAUGUGGUUGAACUUAACCUCAAUCAAAAUCAAAUAUCGACUAUAUCUGACAAAUUGGCGGAAUGUUCGCGCCUAAAAACUUUAAGACUCGAAGAAAAUUGUCUACAACUGAGCGCGAUACCUACUAAAAUUUUGAAAGAUUCCAAGAUUUCCGUUCUCUCUGUCGAAGGAAAUUUAUUCGAAAUGAAACAGUUCGCUAAUCUCGAUGGUUAUGAUAACUACAUGGAAAGGUAUACUGCGGUAAAAAAGAAACUGUUUUGAGAGUUAUUCUAUAGGAUAUUUAUUACGAAAUUUGUUAUAGAUAAUAAUAAUAAUUACAUAAUUAUGUUAUGACGUUGAAAACAAGCCGCAUCGUGUUCGUGUAAUUCUACUAUACUCGAUAUCUGCGAUAAAGUAAUCAUAAAAAUAAAAUUCUUAAAUUAUUCGUGAGAUAAGAACGUUUUUAAUAAAUUGAUGAAUGCUUUUACGGAAAAGCAUUUUUAUACUUAACAAAAAAGAGAGAGAGAGAGAAAUGCAUUCAUUAGUAAUUCAAUAACUCAUUAGAUGAUGAGCUUGAUAUACGAUAUAAAAAUUAUAUACACAAAAUAAUGUACAUACAUAUAAAUCCACUGAUCUGGUAUAACAUUCGGGAUUUCAGUUUUUAUUACAUGGAUUAUAAAACGAUGUCAUGAUAUAUAUUUCGUGUUGCGGUAUAGUUCUUACAGAAAUGAUCAUAUAUACGCAUAAUUUAUGAAACGUUAGUAGAACAUAUAAUAAUAAUAAUAAUAUAUUUUGCGAAAAAUUCUUGCAUUUCUUUCUUUUUUUUUUUUCAUGUUUCAAAGAAGCGAAAACACCAUUUUUAAUUCCAAAAUGUUCCCCAUUUUUUAAAAUAUCUAUACAUAUUUCUAUACGCUGCUAACUAAACCUUAUAGAUACAAUCAAAGAUAUGUUUGAAGCAGACAUUUCUGAAAUUAUUAUAACCAGUUAUAAUAUGUAAAUGUACACAAAACUUUGUUAUUGUGUAUAUGAUAUUGCGUAUGUGUAAUCUAAUUAUUUCAUAAACUAAGUUUCGUAAAAAUAAAUUGUGCUCUUAUUUUGAACUUGUAAUUUUUACUACGUUUCCUAAUCAAUUUUUGUCGCGUAUAAUUAUAGUAUUUACAAGUAUAAAUAUGCAGACAAAAUUAUUUUACUAUUGCGAGUGAAAAACAAAUGAUGUUCUGCAUCCCAAAAUGGCGUGUCUGGUCUUUGCUUUCUGAACAGGAAGAGCUGCUGAAAUUAAAUAAAAAAAAAAAAAAAAAAAAAAAAAAAAA